ACAACACAUUAACCAAACUCUUUAAAUAACACAAGAUUAAUUGUUACACAUACACACAUGAUCAAUGACUAAUGAGAACACCAUAAACUCUAAUAAUAAUUACUUCUCAAUUAGUAUAGAAGAAUUAUCAAAUCCUCAAUCUUUUACCCUUCAACAACUAUUUCAUGCACUUGAAACAAAUACUUCUUCUGGCAUAUUAGGAGAUCCUAUCGAUCUCUAUCGUCGUCGAGAAUCAUUUGGUUCAAACAACAACUUUUCUUCUUCUUCUUCUUAUGUGAAGAAAAAAAGUUUUCGUGAAUUAAUACUUGAAGCAUUCAAAGAAAGCACUUUUAUCCUUCUAUUUUGUUGUGUUGCACUUUCUCUUGUGAUUGGGAUCAAGAGGAAUGGUCUACAAGAAGCCUUGUUUGAUUGUGUUAUAAUCUUCUUGCCAAUUUUUUUCGUUUUAAACUUCAGCGUUACUUUCAGGUAUAGGUGACAAAUGAGCGAGUUAAGCUGAAGUCCAAAAGUUACUUGAGCUGAAAUGACCUAAAAUGCGAGUCAUGACUCAAUUUGUCUUGAUUUGAUUGCUUUAUUUGUUCUUUUAUAACUUCUUAUCAUUACCUUAUACAACAACAUAUAGAAAAAAAUCAUUUUCAUGAAUUAAUUUAGGGCUAGUAAAUGAGCGAGUCAAUAAGGAUUUGAUGAGUUAUGAUUUCAUGGGCUAAUUUUUUCACGUUUGAUUAUAGGUUUUUCAAGGAAAGAUGGAUAUCGAAGAGGAGAUUAUCGCGUAAAAAGAAAGUAAUUAGGGUUCUUAGACACCAACAAAUUCUACAAAUUCCAUCUUCUGAAGUAGUGGUUGGUGAUAUUGUGUUGUUGGAAUGUGGUGAUCAUGUACCUGCUGAUGGAAUUUUAAUUCAAGGUAACUCGUACAAGUUCGAUGAUGGUAGUACUAGUCAUCAUGAUUUAGUACUACCACGUGAACAGUUGCAUCAUGUCUUGUUUAAUCGUACAAAACUAGUGGAAGGAAGUUGUCAGUUACUAGUAACUUCAGUUGGUGAAAAUAAAGAGAGAAUCAAGUUGAUGAAGUGUGUAACAAGUUCCCAAAAUAAUAGUCAUGAGUGUAAAUACUCAAAGAUUCAAAAAUCAAUUGACGAAACGAGCUCAUUCUUGGAUAAAUUGUCCUUGAGUCUCUCAUUGAUCAUUCUUGUAGUUGAAGUUUUUCGAUGUUUCUUGUGGAACAAGUCAUGGUGUUGUGAUAAUGAUCGCGAUCCUAAAGGUAUGAAGAACAUGAUGGAGGAGAUAAUGAACGAGGCCACGAAAUAUAUGAGGAGGAAGAGAGGUGAAAAUUAUGUUACCAACAAGGUUAAUGGCUUUGUAGCUAUGGUUUGUAUUUUGGUGUUUUCAUUAAAAGAUGGACUAUCUUUAGGGAUGCUUAUUGUUCUUUUAUAUGCAUCUAAAGAUAUGAAAAAGAAUGAUCAAAUCAUAGUUCAUAAUCUUCCAUCUUGUGCUAAUGGAGCUCUUGUUACCACUUUGUGCCUUAGUAAAACAUCUCAUUUUGUUGUGAACCAUUCAACUUUGGCGGAUUUGUGGAUUGGAUUCGAGAAAAUUAAUGACUUAUCUGUAUUCAGUGGCGGAGCUAGAGAUUCUACUAAGGAAGUCCGGAAUACAUUACUUGAAGGAAUAUUUAUGAAUAUAAUUGGUCAUGUUGAUGAGGAUGCACUUCUUAUUUGGGCUGAGAAAAUGUUUGGUGGAAAUAUUGAACAAUUUCAUGGAAGUUGUAGCAUUUUAAAUUGUGAAAAUUAUUAUCCUAAGAAAGGAUUAUGUGGGGUGUUAUUAAAAAGAAACAAAGAAGAAAUUGGAGAAUUUUUGCAUGUACAUUGGAAAGGAGAACCAAAGUUAGUGUUAUCUAUGUGUUCUAACUAUUAUGAUAUUAAUAAUGGUACCAUGCAAACCCUAGAUGAAGAAAAAAGAGAGUUGUUCAAUCGAAAAAUCGCGAGUAUUGUAGCAUGUAAUGAAGUUCAUUGCUAUGGUUUCGGUUACAAACAAGUUAUAAGAUCAUCGUUAGAAGAAGAAGAGAAGGAAAAUAGUACUAUUAUCGCGAAAGAUGGAUUGAGUCCUCUAGGGAUUGUGGUAUUAAAAAAUCCGUAUUCAUCUGAGUUGAGACGAACGAUUGAAGUAUGUCGAAAAUCUGGGAUAGAGGUUAAGUUAAUGGUGGAUGAUGACUUGAAUACAUCAAGAUUAAUGGCUAUUAAUUCUGGAAUUUUGAGAAUUGAAGAAGAUUUACAAGGAUCUAUAAUUGAAGCUAUUGAAUUUAGAAAAAGUCCAAAAGAAACUCAAAUUAAUAUGUGUCACAAAAUUAAAGUAAUGUCCAAUUGUUCUCCAGCUGAUAAAUUACUUUUGGUUAAUUGCUUGAAAAUAAGAGGUGGACACGUGGCGGCAACCGGUUCGUCGAUUCGAGAUUUACCAUCUUUAAAAGAAGCUGAUGUUGGAAUUUUUUUUGGAAAAAAUUGUGUAGACUUAGCUAAACAAGAUGCUGAUAUUACUAUCGUUGAAUCGAACUUUGGUAAGAUCCUAGACGUAUUAAUCUUGGCCAGGUAUGUAUGCAUAAAUCUUGAGAAGUUCAUACAAUUGCAAUUGAUACUCAACAUUUCUGGCUUUACUUCAAACUUUAUUCUUUUAAUUCUCAACCCUACAAGUGAUCAAGAUCAACAAUUGACACCAUUUCAAUUAUUGUGGGUUAAUCUACUCAUAGAAGUUCUUGGUGCCCUUUAUUUGUCCAUCAUAACAUCAAUCAUAAGGCCUCGUGAGUCUAGUUCAGUUGAUCAAAUCACGUUGAAUUUUUAUGGGACUAUUGUGACCAACAACAUGUUAAGGAACAUUGUUGUUCAUUCUAUGUUACAAGUUAUACUUCUAUUGAUGCUUACCAUGAAGGGAAAAUCAUUUCUUCGCGUCAACGAGGAACUGCUGAGUACCAUGAUCUUCAAUAUUUACAUAUUAUGCCAAGUUUUUUUAUUGAUCAUUAGUGCCAUUGAGAUGAUCACUAAGACAAGAAUCUCUAAAGGGAGAAAAUGGUUAUUGUUUGUAGUUAGUUGUGUAAUUAUAGGGAUUAUUAUUGUUUUACAAGUUAUAUUAUUUCAGAUUAUGUCAAAAAUUGAUCAUUGGAAAAAAUUAGGAUUUAAACAAUGGUCCAUUUGUAUAGGAAUUGCAGCAAUAUCUUUGCCUAUACACUUUGCUGCAAAAAUUAUUUUUAGUCCAUGUAAAGAUUCAUAAUUUUGUUUAGGAAUUGUAUUUAUGUGUUUAUUACUUGUAUAAGCCAUGUAUAGUAAUUUGUAAUUAAAUACUAAUUACUACCCAAUAUUCUUGUCUA